CGCACUCUUUAUCAUUUUCACACUCGUGCCCACUCAUAGUCUCAACUGUGUCAUUGACAUGGUCAUGUAUUAGAAAGAAGGAAAACGAUGGAAGGAUGUCCGCGGUCUUUAAUGUUAAAACUCGAAUUAAAAGAAUCCAGCAUAACGUCUUUUGCUCCCACAUUAAAACAAUACAUCAAAGAUUUUUACCACGAGGAUGGAGAAACAUACACACAAGAAUGUACCCAACUUGAGCAACUACGUACAGCAGUCAUAAAGCCAACUUAUGACAACUCAGGGUGUAAUUUACUUAGAAGAUAUUAUGGACAGAUUCAUUUACUUAAAACACGAUUUCCAAUGUGUCAUGGCUCACCGGCUUGUGUUGAGUUCACAUGGACCGAUCUCUAUACGGAUGAUCCUGUUUCAAUGUCUGAUAUAUCUUUUGAACAGACAUCAAUCUUAUUCAACUUAGGUGCUCUUCAUUCAUUAUUGGGAUCAAGAGAAGAUCGAAUAUCGGAAGAGGGAAUGAAAGUGGCCUGUACACAUUAUCAGUCAGCUGCUGGUGUAUUCACUUAUUUAAUGGAAAACUUUACGACCGAUCAAUAUAGUGACACUGCAAAGGACUUGCUUUCUUUGUAUAUUAAUGUGAUGUUGGGCCAAGCUCAGGAAUGCUUGCUUGAGAAGUCAAUGUUAGACAACAGAAAAAACUCAUUAGUGGCCAGAAUUGCCAUGCAGGUUCAAAAUUACUAUACAGAAGCUAUUGCAUGUUUGGCAUCUUCAUUUGGUGAAAUACUUCCUCCAAAGGUUCACAAGCUUUGGAGUAAGUUGUUGCAAAUAAAAUGCUCCUACUUGAAUGCUCUGGCGUAUAUGUAUAUGUCAAACGCAUCUGAUGAGCAAAGUAAAUAUGGAGAAAAGGUUGCAUUUUUAAAAAUUGCUGCUCAAAGAAUUUCGGAAGCCAAGAAGUUGUUGAAAAAUCAAAGUAAACAAAUGCAAGACGUGGUACAAUUUAUUACUGAUGUCAUUACUCAAAAACUUGAAGGAGCGAAACGCGACAACGACUUUAUAUAUCAUGAAGCUGAACCAGCUUCAACUGCUUUACCUGAGAUUAAAGGAGCGUCGCUUGUAAAACCAAUUCCCUUCCAACCUUAUGAUCCAUCGACGGGAAAAGAUAUUUUUGAGAAACUUAUUCCCAUGAAAGCUCACGAAUCCUCUUCUUUGUACAGCGAGGAAAAGGCCAAUCUUUUGCGUCGUUACGGUAGUAUUGUUAGCGAAAAAGAUAAAGAACUCAGUUCUUGGUUGGCGUCUAUGCACAUUGACGAUCUUAUGAGCCCUGAAGAAUCGGAUAGUCUUCCUGACGACUUGAAAAAGAAGUGUGAAGUGUUACAAGCCAAUCCUGGUGAUAUCAAAAAAUCAAUGGAAAUGCUUACAAAACUGAAAGGAAAAAGCACCGAGUUUGGUAAAGUUCUUGAAGACACCAGACAAGAAAUCCUCGACGUUCAAAAUGAGAGAAAAGGAUUAAUUGAGAAUGAGAAAGUUAAGAUAGGAGAUGACAAAUUGAAAGAGUGUCUUGAUGAAGUAAACGGUUAUUAUCAAAGACACAUGGAUGCUACUAAGACAAAUGAGGAGCUAGGAAAAGCGUUUGAAGCAAAUCGUCGUAAUUUGGAAUUGAUGAUUGGACCGGAGGAAGCACUACUAGGAAUUUUACCCACACACAAUAUCUUAGAUUCUCCAAUUGAGGGCGAUACUGUUCAACGUAUACGAGAUCUUUUGGGUAAAAUUGAUAAAAUGAAAACGCAAAGAGUUCAGUUCAUGGAAAAAUUAAGGGAAGAAGUAAACAAAGACGACAUUACUCAUCUUAUUGCUACCAAAGAAGGCGAAGACCUCCAGAGCCUAUUUAAGGAAGAGCUUAAGAAACACGACGAAUCCUGUGAUUUACUUAAACGUAAUUUGGAUGCCCAAGAAAAAAUUAUGAACGCAUUGACGGAUGCUAACGCAAAGUACGCUUCCGCUCGCAAGUCAGUCGCCGAAAUCAAAGCUAAUCGUGAUGCUAAGAUCAAGAAUUUAAUGGCAUCAUAUGAUUCUUUCAUAUCAUUCAAGGAAAAAGUCAGAGGUGGACUGGAUUUCUAUGGACAAAUGAGUGAAAUGAUUGAGAAACGCCGCCCAAUUUUAUCAACUGUGUGUCAAGGCGAGAAGGACAGGCUGCGAAAAAUUGUUGGAAAAGCUGGACAAUUAAAGAAUGAACGAGGUAUGAAGUCUCAGGAUGGUACGCCCUCUUCCAAUGUCAUGUUUGUUGAUCGAAAAAGCAAACCUGCACAUCUAAGUCAACCUAGAAAUCCUCAAUCUAAUCCACCAAACCUUCCUGGUAACAUGCAGUAUUCUCACAUUAAUCCGAAUGUUAUGCCUGCCGGGCCUCGACCAAAUCUCAUCGCUCAACCUCAGAUUCCAGGUGUUUCAAACCAAGUUCUUGGUAAUCCCCAAUUUUCUUCUGGUAAUCUGCAUAAUCCAUCUGGAGGGUAUAAACCACCGGCAGGUCAUGUUCCUCUGUCACAUCAUUCAAUACCUCAUUCACUUCGUGGUCCUCUACCCAACCAACAUCCACCCAUUUCUAGUCAUGCUCAAAUUAAUUCUUCAAUUCGUGGUGCAACAGAAAUGUCGCAGCCGCUUGUGCCUCGAGUUUCUUCAGGGACAUUACUCACUACAAGACCGAUUAUGUCUUAUCCGUUUCCUGCAACAUCUUAUGAAGGAACAUAUCCCCGUACUUCUACACCAUUUCAACCAACGUCUAGGUCAGACAUUCCCAAUCAGCUGUUGGUCAAUAUCCUCCCGUUUGAUCCGAAUGUAAGACCUCUGCUUGGUGUUCCUCCGUUGCGAUAUCCAGGACCUCGUCAUGAACAAAUAUUGCCACCAUCACCAAGAGGCAUCGUGUCAGAGCAACCAAUGAUACCACAGCAGCAUAUGAUUUCUCAAUUUCAACCUGGUCAACAGUCUUUUCAACAACAACCGGAGAUAUCCCUUCAACACUGGCAACCAAAAUACACACCAUUGAGACCAGAAUCCAUACCAUCUGGCACCAUUCAACAACCCUCAGUUAAACCCCCCUCUUAUCACGAACAGUUUAAUAUUGCUUCUAAUCAACCACCACCUCUGGUACCACAGCCUAAUACAAGGCUACAGUUAAGUCCUGGACCAAACGUGAAGCCACAAUCUAAUCCAGGGACACAGUCGAAUCUUGGAGUGGGUUCAUUUGUUAGCAAUAUGAUAGAACAGCAGUACGCACUCCCAAAUCAGAAAAAUUUGAGUCAACCACGUGCACAGGAAGCAAUUCCUUUCGACCAAUCGAGAACGCAUUCUUUACAAAGUCAAUACCGACAACCAUUCCGUCCUACAUUGCCAUCUUCCACGAUGCAACAAUCCCAACUUCAAGUUUCACUCAAUCGACCACCUUUACCUCAAGCGUCUAAUAACCAACACCACUCCGGACAUCACCACGAAGCACCGUUACAACCAUUUUCUGUUCAGCCUAAUGCUGGGACAUCACCUCAGCAGUAUGCUGCGCCAGGCUCCUCUUUUCAUCCUAGACCUCGAUAUCCUGCAGCGCCAUUGCAACCACAACCCUCAACGCAAUUUCACUUUCAACAGCAACCAGUUGGACAGUAUCAUCAGCUUGGUCCGUAUCAGCAACAGUCUCCUUACCAUGGUCAAACCGUGUUUAAGCAAGAAAAUCAAUCAUUGGGCCCCGCAUCUAAGGCACCUCUUGAUCAACCAGCAGUUAUUGAAUCACCAAUAUAUUCAAGGCAACCAUUGGAGGCAAGGUCAUCUUCUGAACGUUUACCAACUCAGCAAUAUCAAUCUUCUCAAGUAAGAUUAAUUGAAUCGAAUAAUAUGGAAGGCAAGAUGCAAUACCCGAUUUCUUCUCCAUUUGAUAAUCCAACAAGUUCUUUCUCUCCCUCUCCUAAUAAUGAAAUGGAAAAUUUCGCAUUAGCACAAACCAACAAAAUAUCGAAUAGCGAGUUUCGCAAUGUAGAAACUGGUCAAUAUCCAUCCACGGGUAAUUUGGGUCAGUCAAACAGUCCAUUUUACUUAGCUCGACCUGCGUCAUCCACAAAAAGCGAUAUUUCUUUAUCCACGUAUCCUUUACCUACUUCAAGUUCAAAUCUCGAACACCAAGUAAAUCAACCAAAUAAAGAUGUCUUCUUUUCCCAGGUACCGUCAUCGACAUAUUUUCAACCUGAUCACGAUGUUAUCAACUCUGCACAAAGCAACACAUCUACAGUUCAAAAUAAUUCUCGCAUGUCAUCUACAAGUUCACAUCCAUCAUCAGCGAACACAUCCAAACAAUAUUAUUCGUCAGGAAACAUUCCAAAUCAUGAAAAUGUAGGAAAAUCCGCAAAAAAUGUACUGACAAGACCUGGUCCGUUGUCUGUGCCCGUUGAUUCUGCUGGGACUGGGACUAGCAACUCGAAAGAAGACAAACAUUCCGAGCAAAAAGCAAUUUUUGGGCUGACUGACAAGAUGGCUUCCGAGAUCAAUCGUCAUGAUUACAAAGAAUCGGAUCAGAUGCCUGACGCAACGAAGGAGGAUUUUAGUGUGAAUGAUAACCAAUCUAUGGUUAGUAUAAAUGAUAAACUACUGGAGAAUCUUAACUCGUUUGGUAGUCCAGGACAAUUGAAUAAAGAUGGAACAACGAUGUCGUUGUUUAAAAAAGACGGUAUUGCCGAAUCAUCUUCCAGUUCAUCAUCCGUAAUUUUAUCUCGUGAUAAAGAAUUUUCCGUCACAAGUAAUACGAAGUCAAAUUUUGAGAAUGUAACAAACUCUGUGACAAAACCGACAAGUGAAGAACAGCCGUCGAACCCUGGGAAUAAUGAUAACUCCGGAUUAGUCAAUUCUGGUGUUUCCGGUCAACGUUCAUCGUCAAUGUCGAGUCAAGAGGAUUUACAGUCGCUACAACAUAAAGUAUUACUUCAACAGCAGCAAUUGAUCGAUCAGCAACAGCGUUUUUUACAACAGCAAGUUGUUGGAGAACAGUCGCAAGUGUGGAGGCUCAUGGAACAAGUGAAACAUCAACAAAAAGAGUUGGAAGAUCUACGAAAUGAAAUUAAAGUAAAGGAACAGUCGGAGAACUUUGAGAAAAAACAGAACGUAACAGCUGAUGUUGAAAGAAAUGAAUCUUCACAAGUUGCUAUCGAUGAAGAUCGUUUAAAAGAUGAAACAAGUGAUAUCACACAAAACCAUGUGAACUCGAAUGCUUCUCACUUGAAACUGGUUGCGAGUACAAAUCAAAAUGAAAACAUCGAGUUUCCAAAGGAAGAAAACGUGAUAACGGAAAAUGACUUCAAAGUGAGUCAACUGAAUGAAAUUUCAUCAUCAUCUGCUUACCAUGAAGUUACAAAUUUGGUUGAAAAACCAUCAAAGGUCUCAGGUCUUGAAUUGAUUUCGGAACUUACCGUUGCUCCGCGCAUUGAAGAUUCUUCAUCAAACUCAUCGCAAACAGCACAAAUGAAACCCGAUUUCCUUUCAACUGAACCAUCUGAGCCUUUCACAAUGAAAAGCUUACUGCAAUCUAAAACAACCAUAGGAAACAAAGAGUCCGAUGUAAAGAAAGAAGUUGAUGUUGUCGUCCCUGAAGAUACAAUUAAAGAGUCUUCUACUGUUUUUAAAAAACGUCGUCCUCCACCUUCCGUGCCAGAAGCUGAAGCUCCAUCUCAACUUGAGGUAGUUACCGCUGACGUGUUUUCUCAGGCUCGCAUCGAUACUGGCAAUGCAGUUUGUUCAACAGCCCAGGAGGGGACAGUCGACGCGAGCUUUGUGUUGCGUCUUCAGGGCUUAGUCGAGGAUUAUCGUGAUAUCGUGAAUAAUUUGCCGAAGAAACCAAUUACGGGUCAUAGUAAUCUGACCAAAGAAUGGCUGGAUCUUCAACAUCAUCAGGAUACGAUCAGUAAAGUUCUUACUUGUGAUGUUGGAAAGGCAAACGCUACGAAGAAUCGAUAUUUGGAUAUUCUUCCAUACGACCAGACAAGAGUUAUUUUACAAGGAAAAGAGGAUUCGGAUUACAUAAAUGCAACUCUAAUUGAGGAUUUGACACCACUUUCACCCAAGUAUAUAGCAAGCCAAGGGCCUAUCCCACAAUGCUUCAUGGAUUUUUGGUUGAUGGUGUGGCAAGAAAAAUGCCCAUUGAUUGUAAUGUUGACUAAAGAAGUUGAAGGAAAGAAGCUCAAGUGUCAUCAGUAUUGGCCAAAAGAUGAGGGACAUUCGAUGCUGUUCGGAUCUCUUCGUGUCACUAUGAAACGUCAAGUAUCCCUUCCUUUAUGGAGAGAACGAGUCAUUCAUGUCACUCAUGAUGAGACUGAUGAAGUACAUAUUGUUGAACAUUACCAAUUCAUGGGAUGGCCUGACCAUGGUGUUCCUAGCAAUCCAUCGGAUUUCUUUACGUUCAUGGAGCAUAUUUAUAAUCGACAGGAAAGAAAUUAUUCUCAAGUCAAGUUUUCCAUGUUGCUUCACUGCAGUGCCGGUGUUGGGCGAACUGGGGCAUUCAUUGUCAUUUAUUCCGCAAUGAGAGAACUUUACUCGGGCAAUGGCAUUAUGGAUGUUAGUGCUCUCGUUAAAAAACUACGAACGAAACGAAAGUAUAUGGUCCAAAGGAAGGAGCAAUAUGAAUUUUGUUACAAAGCUAUUCUAUAUUCAGCUGAGCAAUUUCUAAUUCAUGAGAGAAAAGGUGAUUCAGCUGGGGACAGCAGUGUAAGUAGUACAUCCUCAGAUGAAAUUAGUUCUUCUGAUGAUGAUGAUGAUGAAAAAUAUUGCCCACCACCAAUCGUACCACAACGACCUCAACAUACGUCUAACAGUAAAACUGAGAUUAACAGCACGAAAAUGCAUGAUGAUGAACUAUCGAAGACUUUUGAUUUUAAAUCAGGAAAACAAUCCCAAAAAGAACCCGAAGUGAAGUCCAUUCUGGCUUCUAAGAUCACACCAGGAUCUUUACCUGGUGGUGUUUCUGGCAAUGAUGUCGAUCAAAUAAAAAAAAUGGCAGAGAAUCAGAAUGGAGGCGGUUUGAAUAAUUUUCUCGAAAUAUGUACAGAAAGCUUGCGUCCUAUUGAUACUGCUAAACUUGAGAAUAUAAAUGACAGUUGUCUGUCACAACCAAAGGAUUCCUUGAACAAACCUCCGCAUAGUGAACUCCAGUCAAAUGAUGAAUCUGAUUUGGGGGAAACAAAAUACAAGGAAAUUACUCAAGACCCAGAUGAGAACGAUAAAAGAGGGCCAACGCGGAGUUGAGCAACUCUAACAAUGAUAAUGUUGCUCUCAUACCUGGCUUAAAGGAAAUUCACGAAGGGCGUUUUAAAGAUUGCAGCGAUACUUCGAUGGAACAAGACGUUGACGCCGUAAUGAAAGAACACGUGACUUCAGGCAGUGAGACAUUACUGCCUUCAAAGGUCUGCUGGAAUAUAAAAUGAAAUGGAAUAGUUUUUCGUAUAACUUGCUUAAACAUAUGGCAUUAUAUAAUAGUUGACAUAAUAAAAAUAUAUGACAUCUUA